AUGGAUAAUAGAAGCUUAAGGCAAUUGACUGCACCUGAUGUUAAGUAUCAGUCUUUUUGCAUUCGUUAUCUUGAUACUGGUUUUAAACUUAAGUCUGGUCUUAUCCAUUUGCUUCCCAAGUUUCAUGGUCUUGCAGGUGAAGAUCCAUAUAAGUAUUUGAAAGAGUUUCAUGUAGUCUGCAACACAAUGAAACCGCAAGGAGUUGAUGAGGAGCAGGUCAAACUGAGAGCCUUUCCUUUUUCCCUCGAUGGAGGAGCUAAGGAUUGGCUGUACUACCUUCAGCCUUCAUCUAUCGAAACUUGGAAUGACAUGGCCAGAUUGUUUUUGGAGAAGUUUUUUCCGUCCUCAAGAGCCACUUCAAUAAGAAAGGAGAUAAGUGGCAUAAAACAAGCAAAUGAGGAAAACUUGCAUGAGUACUGGGAGCGGUUUAAAAGACUUUGUGCAAGUUGUCCACAUCACCAGAUUCCGGAGCAAUUGCUGAUUGUCUACUUAUAUGAGGGAUUGCUACAUAUGGAUAGGAACCUGAUUGAUGCUGCCAGUGGAGGAGUUCUUGUUAACAAAACACCCAAUGAAGCUAAGGCGUUGAUCUCAAACAUGGCUGCAAAUGCUCAACAGUUUGGAACGAGAGCCAAUAGCAGUGUUGUGUACCAGGUGCAAGAAACUCCGACCCAGCCUUCAGCAGUGGCAUCAAGUGCUGACAAUCAGCAAAUUGAAAAUAGACUUGAUGAAUUGGCAACCAUGGUGAGACAGUUGGCAGUUACCCAGACAGUCCAGACUUCUGUUCCACAGUUCGGCAAUCCAUGUGGCAUAUGCAGUGACCAUUUUCACUCCACUGAUGCUUGCCCUUCUCUACAAGAGGGCUCCAUUCCUGCAGACCAGUUAGUAGCUGCAGUCUUUCCUGGGAAACCACAGUUCCAGCAGCAGCAGAGUAAUCCAUUCUCCAACACUUACAAUCCUGGCUGGAAGAAUCAUCCAAACCUCAAAUGGAACCAGAAUCAGCAAAAUGUUCCAUAUCAGCAGAGUCAACAAAAUUUUCCAUACCAACAAAAGCAGCAGUUCAUUCCACAACAGAGACAAAACUUCCAGCAACCUGCUCCUCAACAGUUACAACAACAACCACCAGUGCAGCAGCAAAACAGUGUCAGUGGUCCUUUUUUGGAGGACUUAAUGAAACAGAUGGCCACCAACAAUCUGGAGUUUCAACAGAGGACAGAAUCCACAAUCCAGAAUUUGCAGACACAGAUCGGGCAAUUGGCGACAUCAAUGAACCAGCAAAUGGAAGAGCCAAACCAAGCUGAUGUUGAGUCAUCUAAGGGAGGUGACACUAGCUCCAAGAAGCAGAGCACUGAUACAUCUGAUGUCCAUAUCCCUCUGCCUUUCCCUCAGAGAGCCACUCAGUCCAAGAAGCAAUCAGCAAAGGCUCGAGAUAAAGAGAUACUUGACACCUUCCGAAAAGUUGAGGUGAACAUCCCUCUUCUGGAUGCAAUACAGCAGAUUCCGAGAUAUGCCAAGUUUCUAAAGGAGCUGUGCACCAACAAGAGAAGACUGAAAGGAGAUGAGCAAGUCAACCUGAACUUAGGGGCUUCCAUUAAUGUCAUGCCUGAAUCUGUAUAUAAGUCUCUUGGACUUGGUCCUUUGUGUGCUACUAGUAUUGUGGUUACAUUAGCUAACAGGAGUAGUAUUCACCCAUCUGGUUUGAUUGAGGAUGUAUUGGUCAGAGUUAAUAAUCUGAUUUUUCCUGCUGACUUCUACAUUUUAGAAAUGGAGAGUGAGACUGCUACUAAUAGAUCACCAAUUAUACUUGGUAGGCCUUUCAUGAGAACAACUAGGACAAAGAUAGAUGUUCAUUCUGGUACUCUAUCCAUGGAAUUUGGUGAUAGCAUUUUACAUUUUAGUAUAUUUGAUUCCAUGAAGCAUUCUAAGGUUCAGGUUGAUCAUUCAGUUUCAUGCAUAAAAGUGAUUCAUGAUGUGGCUGAUAAGGUUGAUUUUGAAUUGAUUAGUGAUUGUGCAUUACCUGUGGAUUAUGACUUGCCUAUUAAUGUUAAUUCUGAAUGUGUACUAAAUGUGAAGUUAUGCAAGACUCCCCAUUCUGGUAAUGAUUUUGAUCCUAACUCUCAUGGACCCAAGAUGAAAUGGGUACCAAAAAGUUCUUCCUCUAUUUUUAGUAUGCAGAAAAGUUUGCGUAAGGUUGGAAGAAAGGAUCAAGAGAAGAAGAAAUACACACAGAAAAGAAAGCCCCUAAAGUUGCGUGAUAAGCAGAUGGGGAAGACUUGCACAAUGAUUUGCCAUCACCUCAAAGUUGUUAAUGAAGGACCCCAGAAGCAACAUGUGGAGACAGAGGCUCUGCUCAUUGAUGCUACUUAUCCUCCUUAG